CAAUGUAGACUUGAAAUAGUUGUAAUACUUAAAUAGUUUAACCAAAGACAGACUGUCUAUUAGCUGUUUUAAAUUCCACUCUUUACAUGCUCUUUGCAGAUAAUGGUGGCACAUGUGUAAGAUGGUACAAACCCAAUUAAUGCAAGCCUUUGCUUAAGCUUUAGACCUUUUGUGCCCCAAAUUGUAUUAAAAUAACUACUUUCUGGUGGAUAAGCAAAAUGACUCUAGAGGGAAAGCUGAAAUGAGUGAAGAAAAAGAUUAGGUCCAUGUUUGACUCAAAAGUUGUUACUGUGGCUAAUGUUCUCAUUAACUUCACACCCUUUUUUACCAACUGUUGUGAAGCCAUUAAUGGCCACGCAGGAGUUAAUAUACUCUAUGAUGGAGGAGAUUGUGAAGAACAGGGAGACGAUAGCUUUUGGAGACUAGUAUCUGCCUAGGGUACACAAGGCAGCACAAAAUGGCUUCUAUGCAGUAUUAUCCUGUAUUUGUGUAUAUGCAAUCAUAAAAAUAUCAAUGAAUAUUCAUGGAAGCCUCAUGUUGCAAUGAGAAAAGAGCAAAUCAACCUGCUGUUCAUUACUCCCCUGUAUGCAGCUGGCUAGGAAUAAAUAAUUUACUUCCUAUAAUCCUCAACCAAGACUUUCAACUUCAGUCCUCUGUACUUUUAGUGUUCUAGUGUUGUAUUUGUAGGAUGAGGAUUUAGGUUCUUUGAUAUACGAGCCUGUGUCCAGCAGGUGGGUUGACACUUAGACUGUCUUUGGUUUUCUCUUGGUGGUGGGUGUUUAUGAGAAGUAUUAUCAGACUUGACACCUAAAGGGACUCUGUGGUUUAGCCACCUGGCUCUCAUUUGUCAGUGAGGAACUGUGCAGGGUGAUGUGAAGUAUUUGAAUAAGGUAUUUACUGACCAUUCUCCAAAGAGCACAUCCAUUAUUUCAGAAGGUGAUGAAUGAUUCUUCAUCAUGAAAAACACCAGUGACUCCAAAAAAACAUAUGACCAGUAUAGUGAAGUAUAACUGAAUUUUGUUUUGUUUUUUCUCUUUUUUUAUUGUUGCAAGCAAAAAUAGGUCCUUCGUGUUCAAAGAAGGAAUGACUGAUGAGGAGAAAUCAAAGGAGAAAUGAUAUUCUUCACUGCAUAUCCAGUUUAUUGGCCAGAUUAGACUUUUAUUUAAAAUGCAAACACUUUUGCAGAAUGAAAUAAGUCAUUUAGGCAUCAAUAUCUAGAUAUUCAUUGUGUAAUAUAUGUCAGAAGGUUUAUAGCUCUUUAGCACUUUUCCUGCAAAGACUGUGCUGUUGCUCUGGAAUAGAGUUCUCACAUGACUGUCAUAAAAAACAACAGCACCAAUCUACUGUCAAAUUUCAGUGGAGUGCUCUUCAAAGAAAAUAGUUGUCAUUAAAGUCAUCUUACCAUUUAGAGGGUGAAAGCUUUUUGUGCCCUCUAUCAACUGAGAUUGAAAUUUUAAGGGGUUUGUGUGAUUUACUGCCCCCCCCAUGCUCGCUCGUUUGGCCAAAAUGGUCUAGUUAUUGUCUUAAGAGAACUGUAUAUCAGUCAGUAGCAUUUAAAGUAGAGUUAUAGGGCCAAUGUUUUGCAUUAAUGUAGAGGAGAAUGGAAAGCAAUGGAUUUACAUUUAUUAAUGAGUUUGGGACUUCUGAAGCCUGUUUCAUCAUUGCCUGUUCUUUUAUUUCUAAUAGCUGCAUUAUAUAUUUAGGAUUAUUGAUGCAUAAUUUAGUUAAUGAGUGUUUUUGUUUUUUUGUGCAGACCCCUACAGCAUAUCUCUUUAGGCUGAGACAUCAUCUUUCUAAACACCUGGGGCAUCCUAACAAAUUUUAACUUAAUGUGAAAACAACAGACCAUCAACAGCCACUUCAAGUUGCGCAUCAUCAGUUUUAAUGAAACUCGUCAUGCUGGUUAUGACUCUUAAGUGGACUGACUACAUUAAUAAAGUUUUAAAACUUUCCACUUGAGCAUUUCUUUUUUAACAAAAGGGUAAAACAUGCUGUUAUCAAGUAUACUCUUUUCUACUCUCCAAACUUCUACGUGUGUCUAAUGUGGAAAAGAGAAUAAUUAAGGAUAAAAUAGCUGCUCUGCAAAUGAACAUGAAUCAAUUAUAUGGGCUUCUGUGAGUUUAUGUGUAAUUAAGCUCAUUACUUGUUGCAAAGGAGUUGAUCAUGUUGUAAAACAUGAAUUUGUGGUGAUGUAAAUCAGGAAUAAUUGAAUCCUCAAAGUGCACAUGCUGACUCUGCAGUAAAUUUGUGAUGCUGUUCAUUUUAAUUUAUUAAAAUAAUCAACAACAUUUUAGUAGAUUUAAUGCAGUAAAAUAACAGAGCCAGCACUGCCUUCUUCGUGGAAUUUAAUGGUCACUGCCUUGCCAUUCAAGCAUUACUAAUGAAGCAGUAGAUAUUUCUCAGGAGUACCCUAAAAGUGAAUGAAAUGACCCUCCCUCCCCACUCGACACACACUGUAUAAAACUGGGGCAAUGUUGGGAAUCGGACAGAGGUGCCUUGAACAGCAAGAAAACUGACUACAGCAGUGUUAAGCGUCACAUUAUGAUGAUUCGCUCCAGUGUUGUGAUGCCGCUCUGUAUUCUGGCUCUCUGCCUGCUGGCUUGUAUUAACUCUGGUAUAAAUGCAUAUCCAGCCAAGCCCGCCAGUCCCCGGGAAGGAGCACCACCUGAAGAGCUCGCCAAAUAUUAUUCUGCAUUAAGACACUACAUCAACCUCAUUACGAGACAAAGGUAUGGGAAAAGAGACAUUCCAGAUACUCUGUUUUCAGAUGUGUUGGUGAGGGAGAGCACAGAGAGUAUUCCAGGAUCUAACUAUGUCAGAUAUGAAGGGCUGCCACUGUGGUAAUGCUGCUGGAGCUGUCAUAUUGAGGCUAACUACCAGAAAGCUGCUGUCAUGUCCGUUACUGACAUAAAAUGAACUUGUGUUGCAUGGAAUAAACAUUGUGUAAUGCUAAA